AUGUUCGUGAUUGCUAUUUUAGUUCUGCUUCCCCAUAGUUCAGCUGCUGGGAUCGGGCCAAGUCAUUAUGUCCAUGUCGAAAACCACUUGAGUGAUCCUCGGGCGAAGUUACUAGUCCACUGCAAAUCAGCGGACGACGAUCUCGGUGUUCAUUAUAUUGCAGUAAACAACGAAUUUCAAUGGCAUUUUCACAGCGCUUUCAUGAAGAUGACGUUGUUUUGGUGCCAUUUGAAACCAUCCAACCAAAAUGGUCGUCAUGUUGAUUUUGAUGCUUACAGAAAUAGCCUUGCCCAAAUUCGUAGAGAGUAUAGAUAUCAUAGUUAUUGGAUUGUCAAAGAUGAUGGAGUCUAUUCUAAAAUGAAGAAUGACCGCAAUCAAUGGGUAGAAUGGCUGCAAUUCCCCUGGCAAUAG